AUGGCAGCUGUUGCUAUCUGGUGCAUGCAUUACAUUGGCAACCGUGCCAUUCUGAUGCUCGAUGCUUCAGCAGGUAUGCGUAUCGUGUACUCGCCAGGCUACACAGCCGGGUCGUUGUUCCUAGCACUUGGUGGUGUCGGCACAGCUUUCUACUUCUUCAGCAUGGCAGAAACUGUGACGCCUUUCACUGCACUGGGUGGAGGUAUCUUCAUGGGUGGGGCUAUAUGUGGCAUGCACUACCUUGGACAAGUGGGGAUCGAAAAUUAUGAUUGCAGCUACACAUGGCCCUACGUUGUCGGCGCAGCUGCCAUCGCUGGGACAGCUAGCACUAUUGCCCUCAGUAUAUUCUUCUACCUCAAGUCCGUCUGGACUAACAGCUGGAUGAAAAGAGUCGGCGUUGCCUUGAUCCUCGCUACAGGUGUCUCCGGCAUGCAUUGGUGUGCUACCGUAGGAACUAAGUAUCGGCUCCGUCAUUUUGCGGUGAACACCAUGUCACCUCAGGGGGUGAUCAACGUUGUUACUGUUCUGGCAAGUACACGAAGCUGCCACUGA